AUGGAGUCAAACAAUUUGAGAAGAGCAGACGCCUCCUAUCGGAAAGAUAAUGGAGCCCGGGCACUGAACUGCAGAGUCAGAGCAGUAAAGAUGCAGCACACCUCAUGCACAGAGGACCGGAUCCAACACGCCCUGGAUAGAUGCCUGGAUGGGUUGAGACAAAGCCCCACGUCUGCACACCACUGGAACGUGCUGAUGUGCUCAGCAGGUCAGUCGAUGAACCGCUGGAGUUUGGAGGAGCUGGUGAAGAGAGACCCUGACAACUUCCUCAUCUUAUUACAACAGAUCAUCGAAAAGACAAAAUAUGUUCAGGAGCAGUGUCAGUAUGAGCUAGUGGUUCCACUCGCCAUCAUGUUCGCCUCCACACUUCUGCAGACACCAUACUGUCCACCAGACACAGAACUCCUGGAGAAAGCUAUCAAAGUUUUUUGCAGCUUCCUCACAUGGCCUGAACCUUAUAGCAGUGUAUGCAGGGAACUGCUCUCCACACUACAGCUAGAAAUCAAGGCCCCUGGGAUUUCUUUUCAAAGACUGGUAAGACAAGAGCAAGGCCUGAACGCCUCCAAUGACUCUUCAAAGACAAUGACUGUGUUGCUGAUGAACCCGGGUGAGGUUCCUUCAGACUUUCUCAUGGUGGCUGAGCAACUCACUCGCAUUCAGCACUCACAGAAAGAAACCUAUAUCACCUUGAUUAAACAUGCUUUCCAGUCCACACUAGGAAGCAAGUUUCCUCUGCAUAUCAUUCACAAGGCCUUGCAGGCAAAAGCUGUGAAUGACUUGGAGGAGAUCUACUCAUCUGUGAGUGACAUCUUAGAAAUGGCUGCAGUCAUGAGUGAGCCACUGAGGGCACGAAGUCAUGUCAUUAAGGGACUGGAAAAACUAAGUGAGACGCUGAGAAUCUCUGCCCACAAUAGGACAAAUUCUGAUGGAAUGCUGCAAACAUUACCCCUGCCAACUGCCAAGUGUUAUAUGUUUCACUGGGACAAGGAUAACUUUGAUGUUCUGAACCACCUUUUGGAGCCUGAGCUUAAUAACUUGACCAGAAAUGGGAAUUCUGCAGAGGUCGAUUUUGAUGAUGAUGAGCAUGAUGUGACAGAAACUGACGUUGAGGAAGAGGACGAGGAAGACAAAGACAAGGAGACACAUGGAAAGGAGUCUACUUCAAUAUCAAUCAUCCCCAAUGACUACAGUUGCAGUCAUCGGGCUUCUACCUUCUCCACUAUGUCAUCCCUGUCCACUACCUCCAAAGACUCCAUGUUCUCCAUGCUAUCCUUUGCUUCAGAGUCCUAUGCUCCCUCCCUUUUCUCAGUCACUUCUGGAGCUGAUAGUGACUACUUUGAAGAUUCUGAUGACUACAUCUGCUCUUCUCCUGUUGCCGAGAAAUGUUCACCAAAGCUGAACAAAGCUUCUGCCCGUCUCAGCCAACAUUUCUACAGACUUUUUAUCAAACCCAAAAAUCCUCGCUUGCUUUCCCGAGCCAAGAGCUUGGGAAACAGUGAAUCGAAAGAUCUUUCAGCUGUUCGAGAAACACGCUCUAAUUCUCUGCCUCAGCAGGUCAAGUUAUUUGGUCCUGAGCCCUUACUCAAGCCACAAAGCCAAGCACUCAGGCAUGUUUGCUUUAGAAGGCGGCCUAUUUUGAGCAGUGAUGAGGACAGCAAGAAUAUUACAUUGAGGGUAGUUGUAUUUGGUGCUGAUCAUGUGGCAGGGAAGGUGGCCCGAGCCUACAGUAGCCUCAGGAAGAAGGAAAGUGACUGUCCACAUCUUAGCAGAGCCUUCAAGCUUCAGUUUUACUUUGUACCUGUGAAGAGAGACUCUGCAGGAUUAGGUUUUCGAAGGUCCUCUGGUCCACUUCUACAAUUUGGAUCUCCAAAACGAACAGCACUCUCUUCUGAUCUAAACCAAAUGGACACAGGCAACAGCACUAAUGACAUUGCACAUUUCCUUGGCAUGCUGGACCCUUGGUAUGAAAGGAACACACUCAGCUUGCUCAAGCUACCUGCCAGCGUUGUUUGCCAGCAAACUUCAAAAACAGAGUCGCAUUCUUACGAGAAUUCAUAUGAGCAGCGUCUACCAAUCCUUGCAGACUUGGUGCUGUACUACUGCCGCUAUGCUGCUCGGCCAGCUUUAAUUCAACUUUACCAGGCUGAGUUGACGCUGGCGUGUGGAGAGAGGAGAACUGAGGUGUUUGUUCACUCACUGGAGUUGGGUCACACAGCAGGAACACGAGCAAUCAAGGCCAUGGGUGCUGCCAGUAAGCGGUUUGGCAUUGAUGGUGACCGAGAAGCAGUGCCUCUCACACUGGAGGUUGUGUACAACAGGGUGGUCAUUAGUGGGAGAAGCCAGUGGAAACGAGAAACCAAAGUCUGUACUUCAAUAAACUUAAUCAAAGCAUGCAAGAACCCUGAGGAACUAGAUGCAAAGAUGGAGUGCCUGCAACUCACCAUGACUGAGGUGCUGAAGAGGCAGAAUGGUAAAAGCAAGAAGGGCUACAACCAGCAGCUGAAUGUGACUGAGGUAAAGGUUGACAAGGUGCAGGUCUGUGGGGUUCGAAACACGACAUUUGCAGUGUGCCUGGACCAGGAUGAGAAGAAGAUUUUACAAAGUGUCAUAAGGUGUGAAAUAUCGGUAUGCUACAAACCUGACAGCUCUGCUGAUUGGAGGCUACGGAAAAACCGGAACUCUGCUCAAAUCCAGCCCCUCAACCCCACCUUCUGCUCCCUACUUUGUCUGCCCAUUGUGACCUUUAGUGGGGCACUUCCCUGAGACAGCUGAUCGCAGUUUUUUUGGACUGGAAGAAAAUAUUUCCUACAAUGUUCUUUGAAUGCUGGGGAUGCCUAACAGACUAACAAAAAAGCACAUGAGACUUUUUCUAAUCUUAUAAGAUGUUGUGGUGAAAUUCACUUGGAAGCAGUGCAAUACAACAUGAGGACUUUGAAAGUCUUGCACAGAAAAGGUUCAUUUAAGAAUUCUGUAUUACUGACCUUUGAUUACUGACCUUUUUACUUACCGGCAGUAGUAACAGCACCAAGGACACUUGUGAAAUCAAGAAAUAGAAGAGAAUAUUCAGCCAAAGAGAUACUAUUGUUUAUUUCUCUAAAUCAUUAAAAUGAGUCUUUUAAUGUUAUUACAAGAACUUUUCAAGUGUCACUUUUUAGGCUCCACUUUUUUGUGUUUUGCAGGCACAACUGACUGUCAUAUAGAAUGUAUAAUAGUGAAGGUGAACAUUUGGAAUCUCGGGUAAAAUUAUAUAACUAGCAGAUUUUAGUGAUAAAUCAGAAUCCGACAGAGAUGGCAAAAUAAUUAUGUGUAUAUUGUGUUUCACAACUUUUCUCUGAAUCCACACACAUGCCAAUGGAUGAUGAACUGUGAAAAUUGUCUAUUAGGAAGGAUUAACAUAUUGCUGAAUAGACACUAUUGUUGUACAAAAUGUAGAUAUUCAAAUUCAGAUAUUUUUAAGUGUAAUGUUCAGUUUGGGAACAGUUCACUGAAAGAGUUGAUAGUUAAAAACAGCAGCUAUGAAUAUGUUGACUUUUCUUUAUGUUUUAUCUCAAGUGCUGAUAUCCAUCUUUACCUGGUAAAACUUGGCAUUUAAAGCCAGUUUAUUUGCUGUACUAUAGUUUAAAUAGGAACAUAAUAUUAUCAAAUAACUUUUUAUCACUUCAUCUAGGAUAAAGAUGAAAAUGGCAAUAUGUUCAAACCAAUCAAAUGUACAUCUUCCAAUGCACUUUCCACAGUGGAAGGAUUGACAUUAAAGUUUUUUUACUUUUGUGAUUGUGAAGA